CUUUAGAGGGCGUUAUUUAAUAAAUGAAAAAUAGUUUACUGUCGCUCCGCAACAGAUAAUGGGUUUCAAGAUUUAAUACUGAAUUAAAGACUAGUUUACUUAUAUAUAGGGUAAGUUAAAGAAAUGAAGUGAAUUGUAUAGCUCCUAGAAGCAGAUUAACAGAAUUGGACGAUAACAGAAAAUUACUUCACAAUGGAGCUCAACUUAACACGAGUGGACUACCUACAGGUUGGCGUGACAUGUCCACGGACAAUGUGUCUGCUACCCGAGAAAAAAGCUAAAGCAGCACAAAAAGUGGCGGUUGGGGAUCAAGAAGGAAUGUUACAUUGCUUUGGAGUAAAGAAAGGAGAAAUUGUGCAAAAUUUCAAGACACUUCCUGGGCCAAAGAUAACUAGAUUGGAACUUGGUGGCCCCCUGGAUUCCAUCCAGGAGAAGAUCUUCAUCACAUGCGGAUCAGAAGUGAAGGGCUUUACGAAGAAAGGAAAACAAUUCUUGGGAUUUGAUACUAACCUGACAGAAAGUAUAAAAACAAUGUGGGUAAGUGGUAGUCAUCUUUUCCUUGGUGGUAGCUACAUCUUCAACCAUUACGUAGAUUGCAAGGACGAGAACUACUUCCUGUCGAGUGAUCGCAUCAAUGAUGUCACCUGCCUCCCUUUAAAGAAAGUCCCAAACGUGACCCCGAUUCUCGCCUGCCAGGAUAGGGUACUGCGAGUCAUUGAUGGUUCCGAAUUGCUGUAUGAGGUGGAAGUUGCCGGGCCACCACAAACGAUGGCGCUGUUCGGUAGAGACGGAGGUGAAAAUGGAAAUGAGAUCCUGUAUGGUACAUCAGAUGGUAAAGUUGGACUUGUUGAAAUAGAAAGGUAUAGCGUCAGGGAAAAUCCAAUUCAUAAAUGGGAAGUUCCAAAUGAAAAACGUAGUGGUGGUAUUCUGUGUAUUGACAAUUAUGACAUCACAGCCGAUGGUAUUCCUGAUAUUCUGAUUGGUCGAGAUGAUGGUCUGGUAGAGGUGUAUGCGUACGAUGAGACAGACGAACCAACGUUGAAAUUCAGUCAGACAUUGAGUGAAAGUGUUAGCUCAAUACAAGGAGGCAUUGUGGGAUCUGGAGGUCAUGAUGAGGUCGUCUGCUGUACUUAUGCUGGCUGGAUUCAGGGCCUGACAACUGAGCCUCAACAUAAAGCACUGGGGUCAGGUCAAAAGGUCACAAUAAGUGAAGAAUCACAAACGAAGAUUACAAUACUGAAACAAGAGAUGGAAGAUUUGCAACGCAAAGUACUUCAUGAACGUGAGGCUUACCAGCAGGCAGCCUUGACGAAAAAGGACGGAAUAUCGGCACUCCCACAAUUCAACAUCAAUGAUCACUUCACAUUAAACCGAGAUGACGCUAGCUACAACCUGAGCAUUGAGGUCCAAGUGGCUAUUGAUAAUGUUCUGCUACAGAGCGACGUUCCGAUCGAUCUGCUUGACGUUGAGAGGAAUUCCGCGGUCAUCAGCUACAGUGCUUGUGACACCGAGAAUGGCAACUUCUUAUUGGCAACAUAUAGAUGUCAAGCAAAUACAACAAGGUUAGAGUUGAAAGUGAGGUCGAUUGAAGGUCAGUAUGGUGUCCUACAGGCGUACGUGACUCCACGUGUCCAACCAAAGGUGUGCCAGGUGCGACAGUACCUGAUCAAGCCAUUGUCAUUACAUCAACGGAUACACAACUUGGACGAAACUAGGCCCAUGAAUACUCUAAAGCUAACAGGACAGUUCAGCUUAGCGGAGAUACACUCUUGGGUGAACCAGUGUCUGCCGGAGAUUCCUGAAAGGACGCCACCAGGCGACAGCAUCAAUUUCCAUUUUAUGUCUACAUUCCUGGAAACACAGUUGGACUGUUUGUAUAAGAAGGGUGAGGGAAUUUUCCGGUCGGAUAACAUUUCAACAAUUUCAAUAAUGAAGGACGUGCUUACUAAAGAAGCAACGAAGAGGAAGAUAAACCUAAACAUCUCGUAUGAGGUCGUCGAUGAGACCAUUCCUGCAACGCUCUGGAGGAUCCACCCUAAGCUUGAGUACCAUCUCCUAUUGGCCAAGAAGUUUCAACUCAUUGAGGCCCUGAAGGAACUGCAAAUCCAUGAGGAAGACUUAUCGUUUAUGUCACCGGAGUAUCGACAAAUUCUGGAAGAUACGGACAAACUUCAACAGGAAUACAAAAAGCAGCCCUGCCGACUUGAGAGGCUGUACGGUAUGAUCACAGAUUUAUUCAUUGAUAAAUUCAAGUUCAAGGGGUCAAAUGUCAAGUCAAAGGUCCCUCAGCUUCUGCAGGUCCUGGACAAUUACGAGGUUGAAAAUCUAAUGGAAUUUUUCAACACAGGUGGCAACUGAACAACAAAAUUCAUCCAUUUUAUUAGUUAAUUUUUCUGUAAAUGAAGUGUAGUUGUGGUUCAGUGGUCAAGGUACUUGCCUCUGAAUAUUUGAGUCAUGGGUUGAAAUCCUGAAUCCAGGAAUUUUUCUCGAGACUAAAAACAAUAAAGAUUCCAUGAUGAUGGUAGGACACAGAAUGUAAUGAUGUCACUAAUAAGUCAUAUGCUCAUGUGAGGAUGUUAAGUUCUCCUCGUCACAUGGAUUCUAGGAUGCAAUUUGACCAAAUCUACAUUGUACAGAGAACGUAGGACGGUCAUGCAUGAAUGAAUUUGCUUUUGUGUUGCGUUGUUUCGCAAAUCAAAAGCUCCCUCCUAAAAUAUUAACAAACUCACAAAUUGUUAUUCUUUUUUGAAUGAAUAAGUAUUUAUUUAUCUUUCCAAAUCUGCAAUUACUGAUCAUAUGGUAAAAAACACCACAUCCCUGAAAACUCAAAGAUCCUUGAAAAAGAAACAAAAGCAAUAUGAAUAAGAAAAGCUCAAGAUCAAAACAUGAACAGAGAUGAAAGUGCUCACCGACUAUCCCACAUCUAUGAUGAUGAUGUCCUCAAAUCCAGCAGGCCGAGCCCCACCACCGUUAGAAUCUUGCUUGGAUGACAUCAGGCUCGGCAAGCUGUAUUCACUCCACCAUACAACAACUAUCUGAAAUGUCACAGCCGAUGAUCUGGCUGAUGGCCAGUAGAAACGUCCUAGAAAUGUAAAUACUGUAGUGGUUUAUUUAAAAGAAAGAAUAACAACUAAAUAAACACGAUUUUUGAAACCAGUUGAAAUUGUUUGAUCAACCAAAAACCUGUUCUUGUAUAGCCUUGUGCUAUUUGAGGUAGCAAUUCUAAAAAAAGAUGUAUAUAUCAUAUUAUUCAUAUUUUAUAGCUAUAUAUUUAUUUGUAUAUUUAGGAAAAUAGUACAGUAUUGUGUUUAUUUUAUACACUGUGAAAAUAUUUUGACAUAAUGGCAUAUGUGAAAAUUCCUGUACUUCUAUAGGUAUAAAUCUUGGAUACUAUUACUAUUAUCAUAGUGCAACACAUUUGCUGUUAAGUGCAGUGUACUAUCUUGAUGUGUAAAUUGCAAUAGAUUUUAACAAAUGCUAAAUUUCAUUGCAAAUUCUCAAUAAAAUAUUAGGUACAGUAUUGUUAUAUGUAUGCUCAAUAAAUGCUAGCAGAUUC